CUUUAUUUCAAUCCGCAAACCUUCCUUUUUGUUUGAUCCUAAUUGUAUUCAUUUGUCCUUGAACAAAUUGUUCAAAAUGGCCGCUGAAUCGAACAGUGUGCCUGCACAACCCCGUCAGUAUUCCCGUGCCCCACUAUGACUUAUGAACAUGAACAGCUACUAAAUCCCGUAGAGAGACUCGACUCUCAACCUGAGAACCCCUUUUCAAACCUCAUCACGGAUCAGUUAUUUGUUUCGAUCCCCUCGUUCACUUUAGAAUCGGGUGUGACGUUGUACAAUGUCCCUGUGGCCUACACUACGCGAGGUCAACUGUCCGAGACCGGAGACAACGCCCUGGUGAUCUGUCACGCUCUGAGCGGUAGUGCGGAUGUCGCAGAUUGGUGGGGUCCACUUCUGGGUGGUCCCGGGCAGGCCUUCGACACAUCUCGAUUUUUCGUGAUCUGCUUGAAUAGCUUGGGCAGCCCGUACGGAAGCGCCAGUGCCGUGACCUACAAGGAUGGAAAUCCCGAAAAGGGAUUAUAUGGGCCGGAGUUUCCACUUACUACAGUCCGUGAUGACGUGAGGUAUGUGAUUGGUUGUAAGGGGAAUUUCGAAGUGUGCAAGGCAACUCACACAAAGGUAUAGGAUCCACAAGAUCGUUCUGGAUUAUCUGGGUAUCCGACAGAUUGCUGCAGUUGUGGGCGGCUCCAUGGGCGGUAUGCUCACUUUGGAGUAUGCCUAUUUCGGUAAAGAUUAUGUACGAGCGAUUGUGCCGAUUGCCACCUCUCCGCGGCAUUCCGCAUGGUGCAUAAGUUGGGGAGAGGCCCAGCGCCAAAGCAUCUAUAGCGACCCUAAGUACGAGGACGGCUAUUACUCUUUUGACGAUCCUCCUGCUACUGGUCUUGGUGCAGCUCGCAUGUCCGCUCUUCUUACUUACCGGAGCCGCAACUCGUUUGAAUCUCGGUUUGGGCGAAAUGUCCCGGAUCCUACCAAGCAACAAAACAUCAAGGGCACUGAAAAGCUGCCUACACCCCCGAAUGAGCACUGGGCUAUUCAUAAUGAUGGGCACAAAGGCGGUCGUUCGACGCCUAGUGGACGCAGCUCUCCCACCGCCCCCACACCGCAACAGACUGAAGUUCAGUACAUGGACCCCCAGUUCUCCGGAACCAAAACCUUCAGCAAAACCAUUGAUACCGAACUAAAGAGCGGUCAGAAGCGUCCGCCAACCUAUUUCUCCGCCCAGUCGUAUCUUCGUUACCAGGGAGAGAAAUUUGUGAAACGGUUCGAUGCUAACUGUUACAUUGCCAUCACACGCAAACUGGACACUCAUGACGUGUCAAGGCAACGGGCUAGCCCGACAUCGAGUGAUUCAGUCCGUGAGGCCCUGUCGCAAAUCCAACAGCCAGCAUUGGUUUUGGGAAUUGAGAGUGACGGUCUAUUCACUUUUGAGGAGCAGAAAGAGAUUGCAGCCGGCAUUCCGGACUCACGUCUCAAACGAAUCGAAAGUCCCGAGGGCCACGAUGCCUUCCUCCUCCAGUUUGAGCAAGUCAACCGCUACAUUCUGGAGUUCUUCCGCGAAGUCUUGCCGGACAUCAUGUCCAAAGCUCCAGUUGACGGGGCUGUGGAAGUGGACGGGGUGAAUAAGCUAACCAAGAGCAGCACAUUCGGAGAGGCAGAGGUGGAAGAUAUCACCGCCUGGUAAAACGAUAAGAAUGGCUUCCCAACUUGUUUGGCGCAUACGUUGCAGCCUUAUUCUUAUCGAUCGAUGCUCCAUGGGUCACUAGGGUUCACCGUACCUUCUCUCGUUUUAACAACCGAGAGAGAGGGUACGCCGCGGGCCCUCAUCCCGCUCGCAUCUAGUUUCCGGGGAAGUAGCGGUGCAGUCUUUGUUAUUAUCUUUCCUAGCCAGUCAGAGAGUUGAGCAUCCAACUGCCUCUCUCGUACCUUGAUAACAGGUAAGGCUGUAAAAGAAGCAUCCAACUGCUCUCCAUCAAUAGCCCUUUCCAAAGUGUUCUCCCUCAACUAGGGGGUCCUUAGUAGGGUGGUGGGCGAUCUUUCAACAUAAUCAAUAGAUUUUCCAAUAGCAUAGUAGAUAGAUGUCAACCAUCAGUGCUAGAAAACAUGCGAAUUGAAUUAUUUGAUUUGGGA